AUGCUGCCUGCUGCACGAGGCUGCAACACCUACGAGCGCGUGGAGAUCGAGAGGUGGCUCGAGACGACCACUGAGCCGAGGGAUCCCUAUAGCAACAUCCCGCUCCGGAGCAAAGACCUCCGGGAGAAUGCGGACCUUCGCGAAGGGAUCCGGGAGUGGAGUGCGCAGAAUGCCGAGCACGUGAAGCAGAUGGCCGACCUUCAAAGGCAGCUCCGCGACGCGCAGCUGGCGCUGGAGACGGCCCGCAAGCACGUCCCAAAGCGGUUCGUGUGCGGCCUCUCGAAGCAGGUGAUGAAGCGGCCGAUCCGUGCAAGAGACGAGAAUCUCUACGACGAGACGGCCUUCCAAGAGUAUGUGCGAUUAAGCGAGACUUCCGGACAGCUGGUGUCCCCGGUGACGGAGAAGCCCAUGGAACCAGGCUAUGACCAUGAAGCCGAGUUGGAGGAGGAGAUCAGGCGGUUUCUGAAGGAGAACUUCCCAGCAAAGGAGCCGGCUUGGAGGCAGAGUGUCGUGAAGACUGCAGACGACGCUCCAGCCGAGUGGCCAGCCUUGAUGAGCACGAGGUUGAUGAGCCCCAGGACAUUUGCGAAGCAGGCAGCGAUGACGGAGGCGGCGUUUCACGGCUCCGUCUCGUUCGAAGAGGGCUCGGAGAUCAAGACCGUAGUGAGCUUUCCCGGGCAGUACCAGGAGGACUGGCAGUGCCUCGUGCGGAGAUCGGUGAAGCGCAGCGCCUUCGAGAAGGAUGCAACGGAGGAUCCUGGCCAGCCCUGCCGGCACUACGUCUCAGGCAGCACCGCCUGUGUGUUUUUGCCUCAGGGGAGCAAGUUCUUUGGGGGCCACGUGCCCAACGAGGAUGGCACUUCGGACGUGUGUUGGUGCCAGGAUCUGUACGAGAAGAAGCAGUCCUUCGGCUGCCGGUGGUUCGAGGAGUGGCGCCUCCGUCUGCAGACCGCGGUGGAGAGAAAGCACACCCUGGUGGUGGUGUACAAGGCAGGCCAGAAAGGCGUCGGACGAGUGGGGCUGGCGUGGCCUCCUCGGAUCGAAUGCAGCGCGGCCAGGCGGGGGGACGCCGGGCUGGGCGUCUCGCAGCGCGGCGAGGUGGCCUGGCUCCUCCGCCACGGCUUGGCUUUUGAGGAGGAGGACAUCGACGACUACCGGAGAAGGCUGGCGGCGGACAUCAAGCUCGAGCUGAAGGAGUUGCAGAGCCCGCUGCCCUCCUUGCGUGACAUGCAGCCGCAGUUCAUGGCCCACCUCGACCUGGAACUAGACGGCCUCAGAGAUCGCAUAGCAGAUGAUUCCCACGCUUUGGACGACCAGGGGUCGCUCCACAGGCUCAGCGUGCUGUUCUCCGCGUUGGAUGAGCUGAACGACGUGUUGGUGGCCACCUUGGGCAGUUGGAGGGCGCCGUUUCUGGUGGUCUUCGGUGCCGAGAGCGUCGGCAAGUCCUCGCUGCUGCAGCGCCUGAGCCUGCUACCCUUCUUCCCGACCGACAAAAGCCGCUGCACGAGGAUGCCUGUGCGGCUGGAGAUCCGACGGACGGCGACACCUCAUCCAGCCACGAUGCAGGUGUGGAAUGUCGCGGAGCAGAAGUGGGACGGUCCGGCGCGGAGCAUCUCCCUGGAAGUCAGCGAGUCCCAAAUCCACGGGGAGAUGAACAAGCUUGUGGAAGAGGCGGCUGGCGGCGGCGAGUUUUGCCUUGACAAAGAAAUCCACAUCAAAGCCAGCUCCACGACCUUGCCGCCGAUGAACUUAGUGGACCUACCAGGCUUGGUUCAGGCCGAUGCCGCCCUGGCCACGCAGACACAGCAGCUGCUGCAGAGGUACACGCAGGAUUCGCAAGAGCAGGACAUCUUCCUUGCCAUCGUCCCAGCUUCGGAGGCACCUGCGAACUGGGCGGUCAUGCAGCUGAUCAAGGACAGACACCUCGAGGAGCGCACCAUCGGGGUCAUCACCAAGUUCGACAGGCUUGGCGAAGAUGAGCACGAAGAUCUAUUUCCAAUUCUUCGGGGAGAGCAGGUGAAGGGUCUCGUGCCAUUGUCACAGCAUGGCUUCGUCGCGGUGGCGAACGUGACCAAGAAGCGAGAGCCUGGCGAGAGCUUCACGGAAUGGAUGGCGCGCAAGGCGCAGCUGGAGAAGGACAAGUUCGCCAUCGACUUGGAGAUGAAACCAUUCGUGGAGAAGCAGCAAGCCACCAUCGGGGCGGUUGUCCACAGCAUCAGCCGGGGCUACAGCUGGCACGUUGCCCACAACUGGCUGCCCCUCACGGCCAAGCGCCUGCUCGCCGUGUGGACUGGCUGCUGUGAGGAGCUCCUGAAGAUGGGGCUCCCCUUCGCCAGCGGGCAGCUGGAAGGAGCCGCCCUGGCGAAGUUCAAGGAUGCCGCGACCCGCGAGCUGAAGCGCCGGCUUGGUUUCGUUGUCAAGCGGGCCCACGAGCUGUUCUGGAGCGCCGCCGCGAAGCCCGUCCAGGAUUAUCUCAAGAAGCAGCUGGAAGCCCUUGCGUGCCAAGAAGUGAAGCUGCUGGAGCUUCCAACGUUCUUCGAGACGGCGUGCGAGGACAUCGUGGCGAAGUUGCCGCCGCUGGAGACCUUCGCCUCCGGUCUCCUGGAAGAGGCGCUGGCGGCUUUGGGGCCGCAGGAGGAGGACGCCUUUCGGCUGGAGCGCCUGCCGUGCCUCGUCGAGGAGCUGCAGAAGAAGCUGAGGGAAGCGCAGCCGCGCCUGGACGUGGAGAAGGCCAGAGACGGCGUGGCCAAGGUCCUGAGAUCCGCUUUCUUCGAGCAGAAGCACUUGAGGAUGGAGGCGGGCCAGGAUAGAACGGUGAAGGUGUCCUUCGAUGCCGAGGCGCUCGCAGCCAGGUUCGAAGGUGCUCUAGUCAGCGCCUUCGAAGGCUUCGGCUCGGAGAAGCAGAUCGAAGUCGAGGUGAUCUCUCCCGCCGUGGAGGCCACGCAGUCCGUGCCGGAGGCCUGCUUGGAGCUGCGCCGGCAGGUCUUCGCCCAUAUGGAGACGUGCGCGGAAGCACUGGAGAAGCUCGUGAAGACCAGGACAUCACUCGCGGAGUCCCUGGAUUCCUCCAGCAAGGCACUGGAGCCAAGGUCCAAAGUCUUGCAGCAGUGGCUCCUAGGAGAGGCCGUGCCCCGAGCGUGCGAAGCGAUCUCGGGCGACAGCCCAAGCGACCAGAGCUUCCGGUCCCCUGCCUGCAACUUCGUCACCUCCGUGCUGAACGAGAUGGUGGAGCAGCGGCGGCUGUGCCAGCAGCAGGAGGAAGAGGUUGCGAAGCUGGCGCAGAUGGCGCCUCAGGAGUUCGAUGCAGCACUCUGCCCUCCGAUGUCACACGAAACACACGCUGCAACCGCCGCCGCUCUGGAUGGGAAGAUCUACGUCAUGGGCGGCUUUUUCACCAGACGCGCGGUUCAGGUCUUUGACACGGCGAGCGGCUCCUGGGGCGGGGCGCCCGCCCUCACCUGCGAGAGAUGGUUUGCUGCAGCGGCCGUGGUCGGGAAUCGCAUCUACAUGACGGGAGGGUGGGAGGGCAAGGGCAGUCAGUCUCGGAGCUCCAUGGAAACCUGGAUCCCCGGGAGCAGUGAGGGCUGGAGGCCGGGCAAGAAUCCAAAGGCUCGCAGGUCGGCGCACGCAGCCGUGGAGCUUGCUGGCAAGCUCGUCCUGCUCGGAGGCCGCGAUGGACAACAUCAGUGGCUCAAGCACGUGCAGAGCUUCGACCCAAGCAGCCAAACCUGGCAGGACCUGCCGCCCCUGCGCGAGCCGCGAGCGGCUCUGGCGGCAGCGACACUUGGAGGGAAAAUCUUCGUGGUGGGCGGCUACGACGGCAGCUCCGUGCUCUGCUCCGUCGAAAUCUUCGAUCCGGCCGAGGGCAGCUGGAGCAGCGGGCCGAGGCUGGGCCGAGCCAGGAACUCACACGUGGCGGAAGCGGUCUCGGGGCGCCUCUACGUUCUGGGGGGCGACACUUCCGAGGCCAUACGCUCCACUGAGGUCUUCGACCCCAGCAGGGGCUGCUGGGCCGAGGGCCCCACGCUGAAACACCCGAGGGACAUGUCCGCCGCCGCGGCCUGGGACAAAACCCUUUACGUGCUGGGCGGUUACAGCUUCCACCCGGACGUCUCCGAGACUGCGAAGUCCGUGGAGGUGCUGCCGAGCUGA